AUGGAGCCAAAUAACCAUAAUAACAAUAACAACAAUGGCAACCGCAAUGGCAACCGUCUUCACUUGAACUUCGGGUUCAACAAUGACCGCCCCUACACCGCCUCAAACAAUAGGGCUUAUCCGACUACCCCUUCAACCUUCCCCCAGCCGAUGUAUCAAGGGGCCCAGGAGUAUGUUGAUUCCCACAACCUGCAUGCCUUCGGUCAGGGUUACUUCAUGAACAAUCCGUAUGUUCCUCAGCAUCCCCAGGCUCAGGGCCAUCCGCAUGCUCAGCAGUAUGGUCAUCCAAACGCAGCGUCACCACAGGUAGCCUACCACGCUCGUCCUGGGUACCAGACCAACGACGCAACCAAUGGUCUGAUCCAGCAAUUUUCCAACCAGGACUUGGGGGCUUCCCCUCGGACUGGAAUGUUCGUUCGAAAUCUUGGUCAAGGACAGCGCCCCCGUACUGCUGGUGCUCAACCAACAUCCCAAUCUCAAGGACAUUCUGCUCCACAAAUGCCAACUCGCAAUGGUCACGCUAACGGGGAAGAGGAAGAAUUGGUGAGAUGUGUGGAGAUGUACUCGGAGAAUGUGCAUAAACGUGGCAGAGCUGCGAAGGAGCUGGUCAAUGUUUUCUUCCGCGAGAACAUUGAGCGUGCCCGUGACCGAAAUCUUCGUGCUGUGAAUCUCGACAAGGUUCUGACAAACCCAUCCCUUUCAGAGGCAACCAAGCGCCAGGAGGCCGAGUCCGUCGCCAAAAAGGAGGCAAACUUCCUUCGCUUCAUUAGAACAAAAGAAACCCCAGCCAACUUCCAAACUCUGAAAAUCAUUGGCAAGGGUGCCUUUGGGGAGGUCAAGCUUGUUCAGCGAAAGACUGACGGCAAGAUAUAUGCCCUGAAAUCUUUGGUCAAAACUGAGAUGUUCAAGAAGGACCAACUUGCUCAUGUCCGAGCUGAACGUGAUAUCCUUGCCGAUUCGAAGGAUAGUCCAUGGCUUGUGAAAUUACAUGCAUCUUUCCAAGACAAAGCUUAUCUCUACUUACUUAUGGAGUUUUUGCCAGGUGGUGAUUUAAUGACUAUGCUUAUUAAGUACGAAAUCUUCUCAGAGGACAUAACAAGAUUCUAUAUGGCAGAAAUAGUGAUGGCUAUUGAAGCGGUUCAUAAGCUCGGGUUCCUCCAUCGGGACAUAAAACCUGACAACAUCCUCCUAGACCGCGGUGGUCACAUCAAGCUCACAGAUUUUGGCUUAUCCACUGGCGGGAAAAAGCAACAUGACAACUCCUAUUACCAGGCUCUUCUAAAAAACACGUCAGCAUCCAAAGAUAAGAACAGAAAUUCUGGUUUUUUCUCAGAUGCCAUCAACUUGACUGUAUCGAAUCGUGGGCAGAUCAAUACCUGGAGAAAAUCCCGGAGAGCUAUGGCUUAUUCGACCGUCGGAACUCCGGACUACAUUGCACCUGAAAUAUUCAAUGGCCAGGGAUACACCUAUCUGUGCGACUGGUGGUCUGUCGGAGCUAUUAUGUUCGAAUGUCUCGUAGGGUGGCCCCCAUUCUGCGCAGAGGAGCCCACUGAUACGUACCGGAAAAUCGUGAAUUGGCGCGAGUGUCUCUACUUCCCUGAAGAGCUUACUCUCUCGCAUGACUCAGAACACCUUAUAAGAAGUUUCCUUUGUGACCCAGAACACCGCAUUGGCAGAGAAGGCGGUGCUCAAUUCGGGGCCACACAAAUCAAAGGUCAUCCGUUCUUCCGCGGGGUUGUCUGGGACCAGCUACGCAAAAUCCGCGCGCCUUUUGAACCAAAGCUAUCCUCAAAUGUGGAUGUGUCCUACUUCCCCAUCGAUGAGAUUCCGCAGGAAGACAACUCGGCCCAACUCCGUGCCCAGGCUCGUGCCAUGCCGGAGGAGCAAGAGGCUGAAAUGAGCCUUCCAUUUAUUGGAUAUACAUAUAAGGCUUUUAAUGCAUUCCAGGCAAGCUAG